AAUGGUGAAGUUGCACCGUAAGGGGAAGGUGACUGAGGGGCUGAAACUGACUGAGGGGCUGAAGCAGUUCGGACAGGAGAAAGGAUCAGGAGGAGACAGAGCGGAGAAUGAAGCCUCAGGGCUACCGAGCGGUGGGAAGAGGGUAGCCAGAGACUCGUAGGGCGGCCUGGGUUGGUUGUGCUGGGCAGGUUCUCAGUGGUGGGAAAGUCUGGCCACACUGCCCUGGCUUCCUGACUGGACUUCAUCUCGAGGGUGGGAGCGGUUUCUGCCCCCCACCCCCACCCCCCUGUCCAGCCCUUGGAGCCAGGGCACGGUUUGUGACAGAUUCAGGGAAACGUUUGGUGCCAGAAGGGAGGUAACCGGUGGCGGAUACCGGGUUAAGGCCUGCACUAGGGAGGAUUCCUUCCCCCAGCAGCGCUGGUGGUCCUCACUUCCGGGUGCCUGCGGAUAGGCGGGCUGGGGUCGGUGGUCGGCGGCCAGAAGCUAGAUUCCCUUGGCCCCAGCUCGUCCACUUCCAUCCAGCGGCUGCCAAACAACCGUUGAAAAUGGCCUGGCGGCGUCCGGGCAACACCAGCGAACUAUCUUCCAACCCCUAGAUCCCGCCCCUCUCGUUCCGGCGGUGUUUCCUUGGCGACGCUGUCCGAAGUGCGGCUGCGCAAGGGUGACGGCGCGCGAGCAAGGGGGAGGAGGUGUUUUGGUUCUAGCCGCUCGCCGUCCUUUUAGGCUCUGCCGUCGGAAAGCCUCUCAUUCUCGCUUCCCCUUCCCUUUCCCGGCCCAAGUCUUUCCUCUCUCUUUCGUUUCUUUCCGCCUGUCUUUUUUCUGCUGCCGCUCCGGGUCCGGGCCAUUUUCCGGGCCGGGCGCACUAAGGUGCGCGGCCCCGGGGCCCAGUAUAUGACCCGCCGUCCUGCUAUCCCUCGCUUCCCCCGCCCCAUGUGGCUGCGGGGCCGCGGCGGCGCUGCCCACUAUGGCCCGGAAAGUAGUUAGCAGGAAGCGGAAGGCGCCCGCCUCGCCGGGAGCUGGGAGCGACGCUCAGGGCCCGCAGUUUGGCUGGGAUCACUCGCUUCACAAAAGGAAAAGACUUCCUCCUGUGAAGAGAUCCUUAGUAUACUACUUGAAGAACCGCGAAGUCAGGCUACAGAAUGAAACCAGCUACUCUCGAGUGUUGCAUGGUUAUGCAGCACAGCAACUUCCCAGUCUCCUGAAGGAGAGAGAGUUUCACCUUGGGACCCUUAAUAAAGUGUUUGCAUCUCAGUGGUUGAAUCAUAGGCAAGUGGUGUGUGGCACAAAAUGCAACACGCUAUUUGUCGUAGAUGUCCAGACAAGCCAGAUCACCAAGAUCCCCAUUCUGAAAGACCGGGAGCCUGGAGGUGUGACCCAGCAGGGCUGUGGUAUCCAUGCCAUCGAGCUGAAUCCUUCUAGAACACUGCUAGCCACUGGAGGAGACAACCCCAACAGUCUUGCCAUCUAUCGACUACCUACGCUGGAUCCUGUGUGUGUAGGAGAUGAUGGACACAAGGACUGGAUCUUUUCCAUCGCAUGGAUCAGCGACACUAUGGCAGUGUCUGGCUCACGUGAUGGUUCUAUGGGACUCUGGGAGGUGACAGAUGAUGUUUUGACCAAAAGUGAUGCGAGACACAAUGUGUCACGGGUCCCUGUGUAUGCACACAUCACUCACAAGGCCUUAAAGGACAUCCCCAAAGAAGACACAAACCCUGACAACUGCAAGGUUCGGGCUCUGGCCUUCAACAACAAGAACAAGGAACUGGGAGCAGUGUCUCUGGAUGGCUACUUUCAUCUCUGGAAGGCUGAAAAUACACUAUCUAAGCUCCUCUCCACCAAACUGCCAUAUUGCCGUGAGAAUGUGUGUCUGGCCUAUGGUAGUGAAUGGUCAGUUUAUGCAGUGGGCUCCCAAGCUCAUGUCUCCUUCUUGGAUCCACGGCAGCCAUCAUACAACGUCAAGUCUGUCUGUUCCAGGGAGCGAGGCAGUGGAAUCCGGUCCGUGAGUUUCUAUGAGCACAUCAUCACUGUGGGAACAGGGCAGGGCUCCCUGCUGUUCUAUGACAUCCGAGCUCAGAGAUUUCUGGAAGAGAGGCUCUCAGCUUGUUAUGGGUCCAAGCCUAGACUAGCAGGGGAGAAUCUGAAACUAACCACUGGCAAAGGCUGGCUGAAUCAUGAUGAAACCUGGAGGAAUUACUUUUCAGACAUUGACUUCUUCCCCAAUGCUGUUUACACCCACUGCUACGACUCGUCUGGAACGAAACUCUUUGUGGCAGGAGGUCCCCUCCCUUCAGGGCUCCAUGGAAACUAUGCUGGACUCUGGAGUUAAUGACAACUCCCCAAAUGCAGAGAUUUACACUAACUUCCAUUCUCAGUUUCCUUGUUUCUUUUGAUUUUUUUUUCUAAUUGUGUGAGGCUCUUGUGUUUUAGUGGGAACACCAAAGUUUGCCUAUAGUUUAGGCACUUAAUAGGAAGAAGCUCUGUACAGAAA